AUGCUGCAGACUUUAGAAUCAAUCCAACUUUUUAUAAUCUUAAGCAUUGUAAUCAGUGCCAGUUCACAAGGUCCACCAGGUCAAGGUCCUUCGAGUCCAGGACAAGGCCCUCCAAACGAAGGACCACCUCAAAACCAACAACAAUACAACAAUCAACAACAAUACAACAACCAACAACAAUACAACAACCAACAGCCGCAAUACAACAAUCAACAACAACAAUACCAACAAGGUGGUCCACCACAAGGUCAAAUGAGUAAUCAACAGCCUGGAAUGGAACAACAAGGACAAAUGGGAGGACAGCAAGGUCAAAAUCCAGGCAUGGGAGGUCAACAACAGCCACCAGAACCAACAAAACCCACAACAAUCAAAGCAACUCCAAUGGAACCAGGUGGAGUUCGAGUCACACAAACACAGCCACAAGAACUAACAACAACCACGACAAUAUUUAGUGCUGAACGACCAGCAUUGAGCGUAACUGGUGCUCCACAGGCUGAAAAGGAUGAAUGUGUACAUUUUAAGGUGUCAAGUUUGCCGAGCGACUGCUGUGACUUACCGAAACUUUUAGUUUCUGAGAAUGUGACUCAAAAAUGCCUUAAACAAUGCAAGCAAGCUAAGAAUGGAUCUCAUUGCUGCUUUACACAGUGCAAGUACCAUGAACUUCACAUCUACAACAAUGGAACCUUUAAUUGGACAUCAAUUGAGAUUUUAUUGGAAAAAUUGAUCAAAAAUAGAUCUGAAGCCUUCUUAGUUCCAUGGCGAAAGGCUUUUAAUACCUCAAUGAGGUACUGCUUAUGGGAUCAAAUGUCAAAAGAGACAACAAGACCACCAGUUCCAUCAACAACAGACAGAAUGAAAUAUUUAAUGAACAACGCUAUUCAAAAUGGUCAAGGACAUUAUGUGAAUCCAGAAUAUCAGAAUCAACCGCCACAGCCAGUAAAUACAUCACCACCGCCUGUUACUGAGCCACUUUUUGUGCGACAAAAUAAAAAUCGUUAUUGUGGAAUUCCAGUUUAUGUAUUUAGGGUUGUGGCUUGUAUGCGAGUCGUGGAUUUUGUUAAUUGUCCUUAUUUUAAGAACAGUACAGCAUGUGUGACCAAAAAGGAAGAGAUAAUAAAGUGUGGACGGGAAUUGAAUUACACGGUUUAG